AUGCAACAGCGACAGCAGAAGCUUUCCUCGCUGCAGUUUAAAUCUUACUUUCCUGACUGGAUAAUUGUCGCUAUUCUACGCACAAUUCACAAUCAAUUUGGCAAACAUUGGAUCCCAUUUCAACGACUUUUUCAUAUCAAUGAUCUCAGCAUUUCACAUCCAUACGCAUCGACCCAGAGGGUUGGCCGCUUCCAGUUGUACCUAUAUUCGACAUACAUUCCAUGUGUUAUAAUUAUUUUUUUGUCCAUCUCAAGGGGAAGUUCCGUACACUCAAGACUCCGCUUAUCUCAGGUGUCACUACUCGGCUUAUUAUUCAGUGUGUCCGCAGUAUCGGUACUCACGGAUAUACUUAAAUGCUGGAUAGGUAACCCCCGUCCUGACUUUAUCGCUCGUUGUGGUCCAGCUUUGGAAACACCUGUGGAUACUCUAGUUGGGUUGAGUGUAUGCACCUCUCCAUUGGGGAACAAGCAUUUGUACGACGGAUUAAGAUCUACACCACUGGGCCACUCAUCGAUGGCAUUUGCCGGGCUCCUAUUCUUGUCAUUAUGGAUAUUCAACCAGUAUGGUAUUUUAGCUAGAGUGAAGUAUCGUGCUGGGUUAAUUAUUGUUAGUUGUUUGCCUGUUUUGGUGGCUUCAUAUAUUGCCAUCAGCAGAACACAGGAUUACCGUCAUCAUUUCUUUGAUGUGAUAUUUGGGAGCUCAUUGGGGAUUGUGUUUGCCUGGUUUUCGCAUUGGAAGUAUUUUGGGAACUAUUCGGAAGUGGGUGAAUCAUAG